UUCUCGGUUUCGGUGGCGAACGAGAGUGAUGUUCAGAAACCCGAGUCGAAAACUGCCGUGAAUAACGCUAUGUCGUGUCAGCUGGUGAAGAUAGCAGCAAUUAACAACGUCGCCAAAGUCAAGUCCUAUCUGUUUCCAGCCAGUCAAGACCAACAGGAUGACGCAGCGUCAAGGCCGGUCGUCGACGCUUGGGAUUGGCCUUUGGAAAAUGAACAGCCGACUGAAGCCAAACCAGCCAAGGAAGAAGACAAGUGGCUUCAAGACUGUGUUGUCGCGCUGUCGUCGACAGCCGAUGUUUUGGCUCUGGCGAGGGAAAAUGUCGUCGUGUUCCUUACAGCCAAGCAUGGCUUAUCCGAAAAGAGCGACUGUAAGUACGAGGUGUCAUUCCACAGCGAACUGCGCUCGUCGAACAGUGAUGCGGUGACGUCCAUGCUGUGCUUGCCAAUGAGCUCCCAGAAGAGGAGCUACCAGGGAGGACCUGAUUGGACCUGUAUUGUGGUCGGCUUCAAAUCUGGCUACGUUCACAUGUACACAGAGGAUGGUCGUCUGCUGCUGAACCAGAUGCUUCAUGAGGAACCUGUGCUGUCGUUAAAGUGCCAGACUUAUGUGCCGCGUCGUUUCAGUGGUUUCGGGGAGCAGCAAGACGAAGUAAGGGUCACGUACCCUCACGCCGUCGUUUGCCUGGAGGGCUUCGGCUUGUUCCAGACGCUUCGGGCAUGUCGGAAUCAGCUGGCCCGAGGUGGCACCGGCAAUCAGGCUCCCGCAGUUACGCCCCCGCCGUUGAGCUACAAAAAGUGGGGACCCCAGGACAUGCGUCACGUGCGAGACUGCGAAGCUGUUGGUACGGUGGCCCCGCGCCUCUUUGAUCAGAUGGUCACAGAGUCAAUCCGCAAGGCUCAUGGUGGCACGGUGCGAUUCUCGGCUGCCGCAUCGAGCCUCAUGUGCGUGACGGGAUCGGAUCCAUUUGUCGGUUUCUACUACGCCAAGGAGGGCUUUGUGCAGCCCCACCUCGCGGAUGUUGCUGUCGCGGUGGCAUCGCGUGUCAAGACCUUUCUCACCGACUCACUCCUGGGAAAGCUCACAAAGACGCAGCAGGAGGAAGUCAAAGCCCCACCCGUCGAGCCGGCCACUGCGGUACCGAUGCGGUGCGGCAUCUUCGACAAGCACCGCAAUGGCAUGCGAGUCUUCCUGUCUCCGAGCAAACAGAUGGCCGCCGUCACCGACAGCGUCGGCAGGAUCGUCUUGUUCAACGUCUUUCAGAACACCGCCACACGCAUCUGGAAAGGUUACCGGGACGCUGAGUGUGGCUGGGUUGAGGUUGAAGACAGCUCACCGGAUACGGCGAUCAACGGAGUGCCGAGGAGAACGCAGUUUCUCAUUGUCUAUGCACCUCGAUGGGGUCUCAUUGAGGUAUGGUGUCCUCACCAAUCAUCAAGGGUGGCUGCGUUUGAAGUCGGCAAGGGUGGCAGGCUCCUGUACAACAAUUACACCCUCAUGGGUCUCAACAAUGUCCUGGUGAAGACCGUGCGGCCCAACACCUACCAGUGCUGCUACAUGACGUCCGAGGGGAAGCUGUACGCGGUGGCCGUUCCUUUCCAUCGUGUCCUCAGUGAGCGCAGCCGUGCGAGAGACUGGCAGCUUCUCAACGAGGUGCAGGUGCUCCUGAAGGAAGCCGAUCCGCCCCCCGACGAGGCCCAGCUGGUUGCCAAGCUUGGCCGACUGCUGCGCGACAUGAAGGCCGUCAACGUGCAGCAACAGGCCUUGGAAAAGAUCGUUCACAGCAGCAAGGCAUCGCACUUCGUCGUCUCCACGAUACUCGGCGUGCUCGAACCGAAGUCUCGGGAACAACAAGCAUCGGAAGAUGAAGGAGCCAACUGCGACUUUGACACCGAGCUGUUGCACAAGACCUGCCGACGAUUGCGGCAGCUAUGCCACCUCCACAAGGCUGUAGACAAGUCGCAAGUCGAUGAUGUUUAUGAGCCGUCUUCGGAAGAAGUGUUGCUUGAGGAGCUAGCGGACGAGCUGUCUAUGCCACCAAAUAAGGUGUCCCGCGUGUUGACGCACGUCUCGCGUUACCAGCCCUUCUGGACAUCCAGCUCCAGCAAACGGGUGACCUUUGGCGAUGAGAACCCCGUCGCCCUGCCCGUGUUUCUCGGCUACUUCGACGUUGGCGACAGUCACUUGGCAAGAGAUCAGAACGAAGAAGCUCCCCUGCCCGUGACGACCAAGCCGGACGCGGACUGCAAGCAGCUGGGACACCUCCUGUUUUCGAGAGCACUUGGGUCCUGUGGUUGUCAUCCGUUGCUCCUGGAAGCUCUGAGGAAGUCCGGAAUUGCACCAUCCUCGCUUGUGCAAUGCCUGCUUCACGAAUGGCUGUCAUCCAGUUGGGCUGUGACCAACAGAAGAAGCUGGUGCUUGUUCGCUGCUUUGCUGAAGUCACUCGUGGAGAUGGCAGGAGAAGAAGCUCACUUUACGGCGUCAAUGACGAUGUCGCCGUGGUGGCGAGGCAUCCGAACGGUGCUAGCCGGCUCCGCAAACCUUCCGGCCGCCUACGUAGGAGCUGCCAUCGUGAGCUACGUGGCGCGAAGCUUUGUGCGGUUUCCAAGCCCACAGAAAGACGACCACGGUGCCGAUACCUCAGAAAAUGAACCUCAGACAACAGAGGAAAAUGAAGAGAAGCCUUUGGAAAAACCAUCGGCACUGCAGCGUCCUCCCACUGGUGACCGAGAUGACCCGGUCAUCAUCAACGAUGACGGCGAAAUCGAGGAGGACACCUGGGAGCCCGUGGUCAUCGAGUGUGACCACUGGGAGUCGCUGCUGAGCAAACUGGGGGACGUGCUGGUGCUGGCAUCACUACUGAAGCGCUCUUGCGAAAGACGUCAGCUGUACCCCGAGCACCGUGAAGUCUCUCUCACCUCGCUGUUCGCCCGAGGCCAGGGCGUCAUUACCGAACUGGUGUCUGCUUGGGCCUGUGACCUCGAAAUGACGGCUGACGACCUGCGACGACUGACCAAGCUCCAGUUUCCCGCUGCGUCCGAGUCUCAGGAAGAUGGUAUCGAUUUGCAUUUUGUGCGGGUGAGACGACGAUUCGCUCGAUCCUUGGAGCUCGACUCGCUGCUAGUCAACUGUGCCUCGGAGCAGCUCGUGCGAUGGGACCGGGACCGGGACCAGAUAGACCGGCUGUCCAAGGCCUCUGCUUUCCUCUCGGCCGUUUCCAGUAGCAUACUCAAGAAUGGUGUGGGCCUAAUCAUAUGGAAGACGUUCUUGCAAAAACGAUUCGAGGCAUUAGUUCUACUGAUGGAAAAGAUGGGAAAGACACCCAAAGACCGCAUCUGUCGGAGGGAUGUAGAGAUCAGUGACAUUCACCUGGAGCCGUUCGUGCGGUUUUGCACGGAAGUUUUGGAUGCGAUAGUCGACGCCUCGCUAGGCCCAGAGGCCGAGACUCUGCCGGUGCUGCCGCAGGGGGAGCCCCUGUGGGAAGGGGUUCCGCAGGACGCCUCGCGGCCACAGCCGCUCGUGGCGCACGCGCUCGGCCAGCGCCCGCCCAACCUGGCGUCGGUGCGGCACCACCAGCUCUUGGCCACCGUGGUCCAGGUCGUAGUGAUGUUCAGCAUGCGCUCGGUGCGGCCCCUGUCCCUGUUCACACCGACGGUGCGCAAGGCAUUCUUUCAGGACCUGCACGCGCCGCUGCUGGCACCAAGCGCCCGGAUUUCUUCAUCGCUUACGUCAUCACCGCAGCAGAGCUUUCUUCUGCGUGCCGCUUCGGCUGUGAUGCAGUCCCUGCCAGACAAUCCGGACAACAGCGUGCUCGGCUCGACUUUCGGCUGGAUGAACCGGCUGCUCGAUUUGGCCUGCAGUUGGGGAGAGGACCGAGACCUGGUGCGGCGGCACUGCGUCUGCGAGCUCUACUCGGCCGGCCAUGACAUCCUUGCUCAGGAGGUGUCCCUGGCGGUCAAAGACAAGACCCAGCUAGCCUCCUGCCUUCUGGUGAUCGCUGGGCAGCGCAUGCACCACCUGCUCUUCAUGAACGAUGCCCACCGACCCAGCCAGAUGGCACUGCUGUCUCCCCACGUCAGCACUUGGAUUCUGUCCCUGGACCCAAGCAACCUGCGUUGCUGCAAUCCGCCAAUGGUGCAAACAGUGAACCUCCUUCAGAACAUUGUCAGCAUGCUUCCCGAAGACCACUCCGAGCACCGACUGGCGUUGUCCCUGUUAGAUGUCUUGGAAUCCCUGCCCGAACCAUCCUAGCCUCAGUCCGAGGAUGCCUAGGAACAACGUUUGUGAUAUGGGUUCGCACUUUUGUGGCCGGCUCACCGUUCAGAUGGUUCCUCUGCGAAACCGAAGUUGAGUCGCAGCAUUGUGACUCAACUCAGGUGUGAACGGCUCAAUGUUCAGAUGCUUCCUCUACGAAACUGAGGCCGAGUCGCAGCGCUGUGACUCAAUGCAGCGAUGGCUGACUGACCUGAAAGUGAAUGCGCGCGUCUCAACCUUCAGAUGGUUCAUCGACGAAACUGAGGUUGAGUCGCAGCACUGUGACUCAAUGCAGUGAUGGUUGACUGACCUGAUAGCUCACACACGGUGCUUUUGACGACUGAAAUUCCGGAAGGUGGAUUCCUGAUAGAUGACUUAUUCAGCAUUAUUUUGGACAGCUUUACCCUCAACGUGCAUCACCGAUAAGUUGUCUGCUUUGACAAUGGCUGUCUGAAAGCGAUGUGUGUUCGUUAAAUCCUUUGUUACUUUCAGCACACAUAAAUGCACCUCUUAAAGUUUUGUACAGCUGAACUAUGAUACUGCGAACUCGAAGGAAAUUCCUAGCUAGGUCUUUGUGUUGGUAAUCCAAUUAGAUGUAAAAAUGCUGUAUGUUGUACGCUUCAGUGCAUAGAUGUUCUUACCGCUCUGAAGCAUAUUAAGCAAUUAUCAAUAAGAGCUCUUUUGUACAAGCCAUCUCUAAUAUGAGAUUUAUAUGUGCUCAUUUCUCCACCUUGCCUUGCAACUUUCUUCUGAUUUAAUGUCUUGUCUCACAGCAUCUACCGAACGGUUCGUUAUCAUGGCUUCAAGGAUUUUCUGUGACGAAAAAAGCGACUUCAGUAUUUUAUUAUGAGAGGCACAUUCGUACUGAAGGGAUAUUGAAAGUUGUGACUUAUUUUUUGCGUGUGUGAGACCGUAGCAUUACGUCCAGACGUAAUGGUGAUGAUAGCCAUGGUUAAAAUGAGCAUUUCAGCAAAUAAAUGCAGUACAUUAGGCACAUUUUUUAUAUGUUUGGUGU